ACAAAAUCCGUCGGAAGGAAGAAAGCCUAAGGAGAGAAGAGAUGGAAGAAAUCUCAGAGGAGCGCGGGAAAUCCAUGGCAGCUCCGGCGAUUUUCGUCCUCGUAUUCUCUUUCCACUUCGUAUCCAAAUGCAUCGAGUCCCACAAAAAAAAGCUUCGAAUCGAUCGAGUUUUUGAAAUUUCCCCAAAUUGCGUGCACAACAAGCGAUAUAAUUCAUUGAUGUACCAUGCAGAUCAAGAAAUGCGUGAAAAGGAUAUGAAGAUGUCCUUUAAUACAUACGAAAAGCUCUUACUGAUAUCAAAGGUUGUUACGUAUGUUUUGCUUGUUCUAUGGUUCUGGAAGAUGCCUGUGACCACAAUAUCGGAUCAACUUGUGCAACCUUUUGGAAAGUUGAUAUCUUGGAGAGCAGGAAGAUCUUUGCAAGACGAUCUUGCGGUAGGAAUCAUACCCUGGUUGAUAGUAUCCACCAGGGUUAGCAAAUUCAUCUGCAGG